AUGAACAAAAACUAAGGAUCCAGUGGGCGAGUUUUGGCUGUAAAAGUAUAAUUGUAGAGAAAAAGAAAAAAGUCAAUUUUUAUAUUUAUAAUUUUCUAUAAUUUAGAAUUAAAGUAAUAUAAAAUUCAGUAACAUAAGUUCUUAUUAUUUAUGCAUUGAAUCUAAGUUGGGCCAAAUUAGUUUCUGGUCAUUUUGAGCAUCCUCUUUUUGAAUCUUUAUAUCAGCAAAGGGCAUAAUAAUAACGACAAGCUUUAUACACAAGUAUCUCCUUAAUAUUAACUGAGUUACUCAAAAUUUAAUAGUAAUUUGCUUUUCUUUUUGAAAAGCCAUUAUCAGAUUGUAUAAAAUUUGAUAUAUCACAUAAAAAAAAAGAUGAAAAAAAUUUUAUGAAUUUUCAUCUUAAGAUAUCUGAAAAUGUUCUGGAUUAAUUAUGUCUAGCUACUAUUAAUUUUUUAGAGGAUAUUAUGAAGAAGUAAUUGAUUGUAAAAAUCAAAUCUUUAGUCUACAGAUGAAGACAGAAAGCUAUAAGAAGAUAAAGAAUAUUCCAGCUAUUAAUAUAUAUGAGGCUUUGUUUGAUUAUAAAAAGGACGACUAUGAUGUCUAAAUUAUAAUCUUACAGUCUUAUUAAAAUCAAUAUCCUAUGAUUAAGAUUGUUGUUAAUUUGAAAACAUGCAAAUAAUUUUCGUUAUAUAGUAAUAAGGAAGCUGAAGAAAUAAUGAACCUUUACAAUAUGCUUUUAGGAAGAAAAUUUUUUAAGACAUAAUUUAGUAUUGAUGAGAUGAGAAACGUUACCUCCAUUAGUUGCAAUUUUCCUUUGAGCCAAAUUAAAUUUAAUCAUGUUGUAUUUUUAAAGUGA